UGUUGCUCACCAGCUGAUGGCGCUGUAAAGUUUACAACGUUUGCCAAAAACGAUUUCAUAAUUAACCCAAGCACAUAGACACAACGCAAUUGAAACUACAACCGACAACAUGGUAUUCAAGUGCCAGGAAGACAGUUUCCUCAAGCAGUUCAAGACAACAAUCGUCUCGUGCGAUUUUGCGACACUGGACUGGAAGGCCGACGAUGACAACAGCAACAACGGAGAGACACGUCAGCUGCGCGGCUUCAAUGUGAUCUGUGAGGACACAAUACUGUUCCCCGAGGGUGGCGGUCAGCCCUGUGACUACGGCACCAUCAAUGGCCAUCAAGUGCGCAGCGUGCAACGCAAGGGCAGCACAGCGGUGCACUUUGUGGAGUCACCGGGCAGUUUCGAGGAGGGCAGCGAGGUGCAACAGCAGCUCGACUGGUCGCGCCGUCUUGAUCACAUGCAACAGCAUUCGGGGCAGCAUUUGAUAACGGCGCUCUUCGAUCGUGAAUUCAAAUACGAUACCACAUCUUGGAAUCUCGGCCAGAGUGUCUCGCAUAUACAGCUGAGCACACCGCAUCUGAUCAGUCGCGAGUCGCUAGACCUAAUUGAGCGUCAGGCCAACGAUCUGAUACGCGAGGGACGCGAAGUCAGCGUUGUGCUCGUCGAUCCGGCCACAGCGCUAGAGUUUCAGGAUGCACGGGCGCCGCGUGGAUUGCCCAAGGAUCAUGAGGGUUUGGCGCGUGUUGUGCGCAUCGCUGGCAUCGAGUCGAACAUGUGCUGUGGCACCCACGUCACCAAUCUGUCGCAGCUACAGUGCAUCAAGCUGCUCUACGCCGAGAAGGUGAAGACAAACGUCCACGUCCACUUUGUGGUCGGUGAGCGUGCGCUGCGCAAGCUGGGCGAGGUCUUCCAACGCGAACAGCAACUGACAGCGGCACUCAAAGGCGGCGCCUCGCAGCACUUGGAGCUAGUGCAAAAGCUGCAGCAGAAUGUGAAGAGCACACGCAAGUCGUUUCAGCUGCUGCUCAAGGACUUUGCCACAGCCGAGGCGGAACGUUUGGAGGAACUGCCUAAGGCACAGCGUCCCAAGUACUUUGCUCUGCAUCGUCGCGACGGCAUCGAAGUGGAUUUUAUCAACACACUGCUGCGCAAUGCGCCCGAAGACAUUCUCUACUUUCUCACUGUCUCCGAGGGCGUCGCAGCGGGCAGUUCGGCCAAGGGACACAUGGUGUUGCGUGGUGAUCCUGCUGUAGUGCAGGAGAUGGGUCCCAAAUUCCUCGAACUGCUCGAGGGCAAAGGCAAUGGCAAAGAGAACAAUUUCCAGGGUAAAAUCAACAAUUUGGCCAAGAUCGAGGAAUGCACAGCGCUGCUCGAGGCACAUUACAAGCCCAAGAAGGCAGCGACAGCGGUGGAGCCAGCGAGUGCAUCCUAA